CGGCCCUCACCCCGGAAGCGGAAGUCGGGGCGGGGUGGGGAGAGCGGCCGGAGAGGCUGAUUGGCGGGAGGAGACGUUAGAGGAGCUGCAGCCCCGCUCGGCGCCGGUCAGCGUCAGCCACCAUGACAACUUCGCAGAAGCACCGGGACUUCGUGGCGGAGCCCAUGGGCGAGAAGCCGGUGGGCAGCCUGGCCGGCAUCGGAGAGGUGCUGGGCAAGAAGUUGGAGGACAAGGGUUUCGAUAAGGCGUACGUGGUGCUGGGCCAGUUCUUGGUGCUGAAGAAGGACGAGGACCUGUUCCGGGAGUGGCUCAAGGACACGUGCGGGGCCAACGCCAAGCAGUCCCGCGACUGUUUCGGCUGCCUGCGUGAGUGGUGCGACGCCUUCUUGUGAGCGAGACGCCGGGGGUGGGGGUGGGGGUCGGUGCCCCCGCCCCCCCGAGUCGGGCCUUGGCCGUCAGCGCCCCAGUGGGAACCCCCGUUUCCCUCUCCUCCUCGCGGGGAAAGGUUGCUGCCGUCGCAUCUCCUCGGACAUCCUCCCCGUUGGCGGGAGGUGGCGUGGCCUCGGCCCCUUCGGCUCUCCGGCCUCCCGCCGCCCCCCCCCCCCCCCCGUCCCCCUUCCCGCCCCCCGAGCUUGCCACCCCCCCUUCCCCGGGGACCCAGGGGCGCCGGCGACCCGCUCACGUGGCCGGCCCGUCUCCCCGGCCCGCCCCCACCCUCCGGUCUGUUUUACGCCGUCCGGCUUGUCUUUCUGUCAGCGCGCUCCACACGCUGCCGUUGUAAAGGUUUUUUUUAAAAAUCAAUAAAGUCUGACACCUCGA